UCGUUUAGCCAGAUACUUUCCGGGCCAGCUGUGCCAUUAUUUACAAAGAGAAAUGUGACUUAUAGUCAAAACAAAUGUAUGGCAGAAAAAUUUAUAUACCUAGACCUACUUCUGGUCGGCAAAACAGGACAUGGCAAAAGCGCGACCGGAAAUGCUAUUUUAGGACGAAAAUUAUUCACCAGCUGUGGGAACAUGGAGUCCGUCACAAAUGGGGUCGACUUUAACGUCGGUAAAAUCGAAGGUAGAAUUGUCACAGUUGUCGACGUCCCUGGAGUUUGCGACACUGGGAAAAACAAAGACGCCUGGCUGACACACAUAUUAGAUUGCGCCAUAGCAGCUCACCCAGGGGGCUAUCACGCUCUGCUGCUCGUCUACAAAUAUGGAACUAGAUUCACACAAGAGGAAGAGGAAACGAUUGCUUUCUUAAAAGAUAAACUGGGACAGGAUUUUAUUCGGAAUCAUGCCAUAGUUGUCCUAACUAACGGAGACACUUUUGUUAAAGAAGGGAAUUCUAAAGCUGAAUUUGAGAACUGGUGCAGGAAACAAGCUGGGCCGUUUGGUGAGAUUUUAAAAGAAUCUAGCUAUAGAGCGGUAAUAUUUGAAAACCUUACACGUGAUGAAAGUAUAUUAGAAACUCAAAGAAAAGUUCUUCUUCAGGUUAUAGAAAAUAAACUUAAUGGCAAGCGAUACGACCAUUCUCUUUUCAAGUUGGCUCAAACAAUACACGAGGAUGUCAUACAAGAAGUGAAGCCUAAGGUUACUGAAGAUAUGAUUAACACUUGCAGUCUCAUCAUGCAAGAUGUGGAAGAAAAUGUCAACAAUCCUGAAACCGAGCAGUCUGAAAAAAAUCUGGCACAUUUAAUGAAAGAGACGGCCAAUUUGGAAAAAACUGUCAGACUAAAAGAUACCUCUGAAUUAAAAGAUUUGUUUGAAAUGACCAGGUCAAUGAAAGAAAUCAUUAGUGAAGAGAAGAAGAAAAAGAAAUCAAGUCAAAAGUCAGUGAAAUCGCGAAACGCAUCAAUUGGUGAAUUGGUGAAAAACUUGCAGCCAGCAAAAUUUGAGGCUUUUCUGCAUGGUGGUGUGCAAACAAAUUUCCAGAAGUUAAAAAACACUUACCAACUCACUGUCACAGAUAGAGUGUUCAAGAAACUCCAUCAAGGGCCUAUUCUGAACUUGCAAAACGGGCUUAUCAGUAGCAGUACGUCGUGUUAGGGCCAGUAGUGCUUGGGUUGAUUUUUUUUUUGAAGGACAAGAACUUUUGUUGUAUCUGUAUUCAAGUUAUGUAUUCAUAUUUCAAAAUGUGUUAAGUUACAAAAACAAAAUUACAUUUUUUACCGAUGUUUAAACAAAUAAUUUAUUACAGCUUGGUAUCGUAAA